UCACCCCCCAAUCGCCCGCUCCACUCCAAACCAGAGGAGAGCCCAAGCCCACUCACCAUCCUAACUAAACCAACUGAGGGCCAGCCCACCAGCCAGGCUCUUCUGUUCUCCCAAGUCCCACCCACCAAAGAUCUGCCCGCUUACGCAUUUUGCUUUGCUACCCAUUGUUGCUCUGCUUGCCCUUGCUUGCCGCUAUAGCUGCCGCUGUUCCUGCUCCUACCUUACCUAUCCAAAACCUUGUUCGACUGGAAAACGUUUACACACAACCACGUCGAAUUCUUUUCUCUCCUUCCAACCUCUCGCCCUCAAUUACGUACUUUUACCUAUUCUAUUCACUCGCCGAUUCCCCAUAUAUCUGCUCAAAGGUACCUACCCAAGGUACCUCAACUCACAGCUCGGCAACCUCCAUUGUUUUCGAUUUGACCGACUAAACCGAUUUCUCCGCUCGCUUCGAAACGAUCCUACAACAGCCGACCCUCUCGACGGCGUCGCGGGCUACUACCAGCCUGCCAACCAACUCUAUCUAUACACUCCAUAGAGUCGAAGUCGACCGCGCGGCCCAUUCCCGUUUGAAUUGCCGCCCGCAGCCCAACUGACGACUUCGCAAAACAACAACAACAAGAACAACAACACCACCACCACAACAAGGAACUCGUACCACAUUCCAUCCAGACAUACGCUUGACUUUACAAAUUUUGCAAACCAAGGAAGGCUGGCACAAUGACUGGAAGGUUGCAGCUCCACAAGCUGGUAGUCCUCGGCGAUGGUGGUGUCGGAAAGACGGCUCUCACAAUUCAAUUAUGUCUACAACAUUUCGUUGAAACGUAUGACCCCACAAUUGAAGACUCGUACCGGAAACAGGUCGUCAUAGACAACCAGGCUUGCAUGCUGGAGGUCCUAGACACCGCCGGCCAAGAAGAAUACACAGCGCUUCGGGAUCAGUGGAUAAGGGACGGCGAAGGAUUUGUGCUUGUCUACAGCAUCUCGUCGCGGUCAUCCUUUUCUCGCAUCAAGAGGUUCCACCAUCAGAUUCAACGUGUCAAAGAGUCGUGCGCCUCAUCACCGUCGUAUCCGGGCUCACCCAUCGCCACAGUCACCACUCAAGCGCCAGUACCCAUCAUGCUGGUGGGCAACAAAAGCGACAGAGUCACAGAGAGGGAAGUGUCGACACAAGAGGGACACGCACUAGCACGCGAACUGGGUUGCGAAUUCGUCGAGGCAUCCGCCAAAAACUGCAUAAACGUGGAAAAAGCCUUUUACGAUGUUGUGCGGAUCCUCCGUCGGCAGAGGCAGCAGGCAUCACGCCCUUCACUGCCCGGAAACUCGCGCACGAAAACGGGCGGCAUGGGCAAGAGUGAAUCAUUCUAUCAAUCAGAUGGAAAGCGUGGUAGUCGCAAGGAUGGAGAAAAGCACCGGAGCAAGCCGAUCAAGUGUGUUAUAUUGUGAACGGCAUCCAGUGGAAGAAGAAAUGAAUACAACGACCUCGAUGGCCACCGCUUGACUCCCUCUGUCCUCUUCCGUUUGGCAUAACGUAUCCUAUACCCACGAGCGCAGGGCGCCGCCGUAACCAUUAUCUUUUUGGCACCAAGUAACACAUAUGUGCUUGGAUCAUGGGCGCACCGAAGCCGGCUUAACAUGCCACAACAGGCUCGGUAAAAUGUUCUCAUAUAAGACGCCAGAAAACUUUCUGCAUCUGCAGUUUGUCUGGCCAAUUCAUUCACGCAAAUUCGCGCUCGCGAAACCUUUCGACAAAUUCCGACAGAUCCUGACAAUUUCGUCGACUUCUUUUUGUACGGCAGUGGGCGCUCAAGCAUCUACGAAAAUCAAAGAUCAACCACGGCAUCAAAAGACGAGAUGCAACUGCCCACAAUUGGCAUUGGGGACUUUUUUAAGUACAGAAUAUACUUUUUUCUCUCUAUUUUAUGCGGAAAAGACUCUACUAGGGUCUGAAUUGGCUAUGGUGUUUGGAGUCUCCAGGGGGUUCACUAAAAAUCAAAAGGACAUGCUGGCACAGGUGCAUUUCUACCACCAUAUUUUUGCUUGUGAUUCUUCAUUGCCUCAUAGUUUCUUGCCUCUUGUUUAUCUUAUUUUUUCAAUCUUCUUUUUAUCUUUGUUUUUUCUUACCACUGUCACCACGAUCCAACAUACGCCAUAUUACGAUUGAUUCCCCCGCGUCCACCGUGAGAAAGCUUGGUAGUCCUUGGUGACCCUCGUUUCUGACCUGCCUAUUUGGCUACGACAAUUUCUCUGGCCGGCGCCAGAGACACCCAGAGUCAACAUCACUCCACUGGAAAUCGUUCAUCUCAGUGACGACCCGCAAGCGAUUGUUCUACAUUGUCUGAUAUCAGGUACGAUGUUAACGGCAGGGACCAAAGGGUCGAGGAAGAGGGCCCGGUGAUACACGGUAGGGUCCCGUUACAUUUUUAGAGAAAUCAUGGUGGAGGGGCUUUUCGGGAAGUAAAGUAGGCAGGGAGCUUACUUGUUUCGGUUCGCAUAAGGGGAGGGGUGGUUUUCCAAAAAGACGAAGUAACUUUGUUUACUGGGCAGGGCGUGCAAGGCACGGCACGGCAAGGGAUGUCAAAAAUGAUUUCUGAUGAAAACGCAAAUGGCAACGCAAAAUACCCUACCUACGAGUAUGUAGGUAUUGUAUAUGAAUACCUACAGUAUUUGUUUGACUAUUAUGACUUUGUUCUCUUUUCCUUAUGAUUCUGGUCUGUUUUUUUUUUCUCAAUUUGCUAUUGUAUUGGGUUUGUUUCCAUGAGUUGUGUGACUUGGUCGGAUAAAUGUUGAUUGUCAGUAAAGAGGUGAGAGACAGCAUACCAGAUAACAAGUCAAGACAUGAACACCCGUAUCUACCACAAUCUCUCGACGACAAAUUACUUGGUAGGAACCUGACUUGGAG